CGGCCCUGCAGCCCCGCGGGCCCGCGGGACGCGCGGCCCGGGCCGCUACGGGCGCGGACCAUGGCGCGGCGGACCGCAUUGGCGAUGCCCACGGGAGCGAUUGACAGGUGGUGCCAGCACGUGCAAGCCGAGGUGAACCAUAUCGCUGAGGUGACCGGUUUCGUGAAUUUCGACUUGAGAUACGACGAGGAUUUACAGGGGCGCAUGGUGACUCCAGAGCACUACAUCAUCACGUUCACUAGCCGCGACAAGGGCAGAAUGAGGCAUCACAGCUCACUGCUGUCGCUGCGGAUCGUGCAGGACCAUACGCUGCCGGAGGAGGUCCAGGUGGGCGUGGAAGUGCGGGACCACGAGGGAGAGUCGGUUAUCUGCGCCGGCGAGUACGUGGAGUUCGAGCACCUUUGUGUUCCAGCUGACGCUUCGAAGCAACCGGCUCUACGGAUAGCGACAGGUCCUGUGCGUUUUAACCCGGAGACGAAGCAGAGAGAAUUCAUGAGGAUAGAUCUUGGGCGCUGCACGAAGCAGAUCGUCACGGAUGUCGUCGACGACCCUAAGCACAGCGGGCAGAAGCUCGUCCGAAGUCGCUGGUGGAUUUGCGUGGAGGUGCUCAGACUUGUUUGCAACGCGAACUCCCUCGACUGCAGCGCCUUGGAUGUGCCUGGCACGCCGCCUCUCGAGUGGGUCGUCUGCCUUGCCGACGAGCGAAGCAACCUCAUCCAGGACACGUCGUCAUCGUCUCCAGCGCAGCAGAAGGCGGAGCCCAGCAUAGACGACCUCGCCAGGUUCAUCGACGGAGCUGGCAGCGCGAAGCCCACCAAGGCGAAGCGCGCCAAGAAGAAGCCCAGCCGCGGCAAGGACGGUGCGGAUGGCGCAGAUGCCGCUCCUCUUCAAUCCGAGGUGGCUCCCGCGGGCGCCGCGGGCGUCGCGGCAGCGGCCUCGCCCCUGAGACCGGUCCUGCCGCCUGGCUGGAGCCGGACGGUCGCCGCGCCAGCUCUGGCUGGCGAAGUGUGCCCGUCCACUCGGAGAUCCGGGGAGGCCACGGUGGGCCUCCUUCCUGGCGCGAAGGCCGAGCCUGCUCCCGCAGCUGCCGGUGCCGCGGCCGCCCCCGCGCUGGCGAGCGGCGCUGUGGCGGCCAGCGCCGGCGACGCCGACGCAGGCCCUGGCCCACGGAGCGCCGCGAAGGCCUCGAAGAAGGGCAAGGCUGCCACGGCCUCACCGCUGGCGCCGUUGCCCAGCGCCCGUGCCGUUCCGGCCGUGGCCGCGGCGGCCGGAGCUGGGGCCGAGCAGGCAGACUUCGCGGGGCAGACGCUGGAUGAGUCUCACAGGACUGGCGUGAGUUCACCGCGGGCAUGCCGCAGUCGCUCGCUGGCGCUGCCGACAGCCGUGAUCGACUCUUGGUCUCAGUAUGCCAAGAAGACCAUCACCCACGUUGCAGAGGCCUCCGGCUUCGUGCAGUUCGAGCUUAGUUGCGACACCGAGGGCGGGCACCGCGUGGUCUCCCCGGAGCACUACAUCGUAGCGUUCCCGAGCAGGGACCGCGGGAAGCAGAGGCACCACAGCUCCCUGCUGACGCUCCGCGUCGUGAAGCAAGGCGCCGUGCCGGAGGAGCACCGCACCACGCACUGCCCGACCGACGCAGGCACGGACUACGUCGAGUUCGAGCUGCUCCUGAGGCUGCACGAGGCUCCCGUGCAGCGGCAGCUCUUCAUCAGCGCAGGCCCCGUGCGCAUGAAUGCCGAUGCUGGCAGGAGGGAGUCCUUGAAGAUAGACCUCGGAAGAUGUGUUCGGGACCUCGCGACGGACGUGGUGGACGACCCCAGGGCGACGGGCAAGCGGCUUGUCCGGACCAGAUGGUGGAUAUGUGUGGACACGAUUAGACUUGUUGGUGAAGCACAUUUCCUUGACUGCAAGGCGCUCGACGUCAGGGACCACCAGCCGACCGUCCAGUGGGUCAUGUGCCUGGCCGACGAGCGGGCCCCCGUGCCCGGCGAGGCACCGCCGCAGGCGCAGCCACAAGCCGGGAAGGAAGGAAACAUAGACGACCUUGUGGAUUUCAUAGACGGCAAGGCGAGCAGCUCCAAAAGCAAGAGGAAGACCAAGAGAAAGGAGAAGGACAAGUGCAGAGACGGUGAACGAGCACUUGAUGAUCAGGCUGCUGGCUCGCAGGAGCCGCCGCUGCCCCCUGGAGCGCCAAAUGGUGCGAUGCCUUGCCUCGCUCGGCCGCAGCGGGUGGUGGACCCGGCGGCGCAGGCCGAGGCGGCGGCGCAGCUUCUUGAGGAGGCGGCAGCCUCAUGUACCUCUCCACGACAGGCCGCCGCGGCCGCCGCGGCAGCAGCAGCCGCCGCGAGCGCGAGGCGCGCCAUGGAGGAGUCGCAGAGGUCCCACGCCAUCGCGGCGGGCUCGAGCAGCACUGGCCAGGCCAGCGCCGCGGCCCUUGGCGCGCUGUUCUCUGGCCUCGCGGCAUGCGGCGGCCCAGGGCCCCGGGCCGAGCAGCACGGGGGCGCGCGGUCGCCGCCGGCGAGGCCUCACGCCGCUGGCGCGCCGCCGGACUGGGAGGCUGCCCUGCGCAGCUCCUUGGCGGCGUCGCUGCAGGCGGCGGUCGCGACGGCCCUGCCCAGCGGAGAUCCCGCAGAGCGCGCCGCGGCGGCGCCGCCACAACGAGGCAGCAGCCUGGUGGCGGGGGCGCGGCCCUCUGGCCCCGAGGACCCUCGGCCGGACUCCAGCGCCAGCCGCCUCGAAGAACCACUCGGCGCAGUGUCGGUGGCCGACGACAUGGCAAGGAACGAGGAUGCCACGGACGCCACCUCGGAGGUGAAGACCUUCUACAUCGGCGACGGGUCCUUUCCCGAUGCAGGUGGUGAAGGUGCAGCCCCCGACAUGUUAGCCCUUAGUGGCGGUGUCACGCUUGACGGCUCCGGCACGUCAGCCGUCAGUGGCGGUGCCUCGGAGUCGCCUUUCGGUGUAGGCACGUCAGCCCAGAGUGGCGGUGUCCUGGACAUGGCACCGGCUUUGGAGGUCGCCUUUCGGCUGAUGGCAGCAGGUGCGAAUUCGAAUGUUGCUUUCCUGCCAAUUGUGCAGGGCCUUGCGACGCAGCAGACAUGA